CCUUCUUCUCUUCCAGAAUUCAAAACCUUUUAAUUCCUCUUUACUCUAUACCUGCUAUAAAAAAACCUUCAAAAAUCCAUAAUGUAUCAACCCAUUUCUACUGAGUUAGCUCCAACUAGUUUCAGUAGUCUCAUGUCAUGUUUGACAGAAUCAUGGGGUGACUUGCCGUUAAAAGUUGACGAUUCCGAAGAUAUGGUAAUUUAUGGGCUUCUACAAGACGCUUUAAAUAUCGGAUGGACCCCGUUAAAUUUAACGUCCAUGGAAGUUAAAGCCGAGCCGAGGGAGGAGACUGAGCCAGCUACGAGUCCUGUCCCUUCAGUGGCUCCAACGGCCGAGACUACAACGGCUCGAGCCGUUGUGCAGCCUAAGGGAAGGCAUUAUAGGGGUGUCAGACAAAGACCGUGGGGGAAAUUCGCAGCGGAGAUAAGAGAUCCAGCUAAAAAUGGUGCACGUGUCUGGCUUGGAACUUACGAGACGGCUGAAGAAGCCGCGCUCGCUUAUGAUAAAGCGGCUUACAGGAUGCGCGGCUCAAAGGCUCUAUUAAAUUUCCCGCAUAGAAUCGGCUUAAAUGAGCCGGAACCCGUUCGAGUGACGGUUAAGAGACGAUCAGCUGAACCGGCUAGCUCGUCGAUAUCAUCGGCUUCCGAAAGUGGCUCACCAAAGAGGAGGAGAAAAGCUGUAGUGGCUAAGCAAGCCGAAUUAGAAGUUCAGAGCCGACCAAAUGUAAUGUCAGUUGGCGAGCAGCUAUUGGUCAGUUAAGAUAUGAGCUAAGAACUCAACGGCAAAGGCUUGUUUGGUUUGGAGUGAAUACCAAACAGCAAAUCAUUCCACUGGCUUGGAAGCGGGCCAAGAAGGCCAUUUGGAUUAUGUGUCUCUGGCGUGUAAAGUGCACUUUUCGUUUUGUGCUUAAUGAAAAACACAUUUUCAUA